AGCCACUCCUAAACAUUUCCCACACAAUGAACCGGUGACCUCUGUCAUGUGCUAGUUGGAGUAAAUCUCUCAUGGAAGUGGGAUGUCACAAUGACCGGCAAAGAAUUUAUCAUCUGCCUGAUUCUCUAUCUGGCGAGGGACGUCACAGGGGACAACUGUCCUGUCACAAAUAACCCGGAUGUUAAAUACUUUGACAUCCGCAUACCGGAAAUAGAAGUCCCGGACUCGGAAACAACCUAUGUUUGUCAACAGUUCAAGGUUCCCGAUGAGGAGACAUACCACGCUGUGGCCUUUGAGCCCUUGAUCGACAACCAUGACGUCAUGCACCACCUGCUUCUGUUUGGCUGCCAACACGAGAUUGGGGACAUGAAUCCUCAUCAGUGUAGUGGUAUCGACCAAAGAUGCCAAUCUUGGUUGGCGCAGUGGACCAUGGGAGUUGAGGGACAGGUGUGCGCGCAUCCAGGAACUGGCAUCCGGUUUGGGAAAGGCUCAUAUCCCUUCAUGUCUCUACAGAUACACUGGAACAACGCGCGGAGGGUACAGAACAUGACAGAUAAUUCGGGCAUGCGCGUAUACUACACCCGGAUGUUACGUCGGUAUGAUGCCGGGAACGUUCAAAUUGGCCAGAGUGACCUUGACAUUCCUCCUGGAGUAACCAAUCAUCUUGAAGUUGGUGGUUGUAGCGGAAACUGUACUAAAAACCUCCUGCCGUAUUCAGUCUUCCUCACUAGAACAUACAUACACAUGCAUUAUCUUGGGGUGCGAGGGGUACUCGAGGUGUACCGAGACGGGAAGCUCAUGCAGACUGUCGCUGAUGACGCCGACUAUCAGUAUCAGCUGUCGCCCAUCCACGUGCACAACACACCCGUGGAAAUAAAGCCAGGAGACGAGAUGCGACUCACAUGUUACUUUGACACGAAAACAGGAGACAGACUCCGAAAUCAUCCCGUGUACUUUGGUGAAGGAUCAAGCUCGGAGAUGUGUUUUGCCUUCGUGACCUACUACCCACGUGUAGACGAGCUGAAUCAGUGUGUCCAGUUUGCUGAGUAUGACGUGUGUGGUCAGCAAGGAGAAACGUCAUAUGGAGACUGCACAUUUCCUCAGUUUUUCGGAGAGGCCAGAGAGCUUCGUAUUCCGGACAUCGUUGAACAUUGUCGGAAUGUGACGAAGGAAUCCGAGUGCCAGUCGGAAUGCGGGAGAAGUUUGGAAAGCAUCCGCCGACAUCCAUGCAUGAAGGGCCGACUGGCGGUAUAUGCCGAAAGGAAUAUGCUGUCAAAGGUAGAAGAUUGGAAAUGGAUCAAACCUUUGUUGAAGAGAGUUGACUGUUAAGGCACGAAAAAUAAAAUACAUAUAAAAACC